AUGGGGAACCGAGGUAUGGAGGAUCUGAUCCCGUUGGUCAACAAGCUGCAGGAUGCCUUCAGCUCCAUUGGCCAGGCCUGCAAUCUGGACCUGCCGCAGAUCGCAGUGGUCGGCGGACAGAGUGCUGGCAAGAGCUCCGUGUUGGAGAACUUUGUUGGCAGGGACUUCCUGCCCCGCGGAUCUGGUAUCGUCACCCGCAGGCCCCUGGUUCUGCAGCUUAUCAGUGCCAAUGCAGAAUGGGCUGAGUUUCUACACUGCAAAGGGAAGAAGUUCACAGAGUUUGACGAGGUCCGCCAGGAGAUCGAGGCGGAGACCGACCGCAUCACAGGGGCCAACAAAGGCAUAUCCCCCAUCCCCAUCAACCUGCGCGUCUACUCCCCUCACGUGUUGAACCUGACACUUAUCGAUCUGCCGGGGAUCACCAAGGUGCCGGUUGGGGACCAGCCUGUGGACAUCGAGCAGCAAAUCAGGGACAUGAUUAUGCAGUUCAUCACCAGAGAGAGCUGCCUGAUUUUGGCUGUCACACCAGCCAACACUGAUCUGGCCAACUCCGAUGCCCUUAAAUUAGCGAAGGACGUCGACCCCCAGGGUCUGAGAACUAUUGGGGUCAUCACCAAGCUGGAUUUGAUGGACGAGGGCACAGAUGCCCGAGAUGUCCUGGAGAACAAGUUGCUACCACUGCGAAGAGGUUAUAUCGGGGUGGUGAACCGCAGUCAAAAGGACAUUGAUGGGAAGAAGGACAUCAGGGCAGCUCUGGAUGCAGAGAGGAAGUUUUUCUUGUCUCAUCCCUCCUACAGACAUAUGGCUGAAAAAAUGGGCACCCCACGGCUACAGAAAAUCCUCAAUGAGCAACUGACCAACCACAUCCGGGACACGCUGCCGGCAUUCCGCAGUAAGCUGCAGUCCCAGCUGUUGGCACUGGACAAGGAGGCAGAGGAAUACCGGGGAUACCGACCCGAUGACCCGUCCCGGAAGACCAAACAGCUGCUGCAGAUGGUGCAGCAGUUUUCCGUGGACUUCGAAAAGCGAAUCGAGGGUUCGGGAGACCAGGUGGACACGGUAGAGCUGUCAGGUGGAGCUAAAAUCAACCGCAUCUUCCACGAGCGGUUCCCCUUUGAGCUGGUCAAGAUGGAGUGUGAUGACAAGGAGAUGCGGCGAGAGAUCAGCUAUGCCAUUAAAAACAUCCAUGGCAUCAGGACUGGACUUUUCACCCCAGACAUGGCAUUUGAGGCCAUUGUAAAGAAACAGAUUGUAAAGCUAAAGGAACCGUGUGUCAAGUGUGUGGACAUGGUCAUUCAGGAACUGAUUAACACCGUGCGCCAGUGCUCCAACAAGCUGGAUUGCUUUCCCAGGCUGCGCGAAGAGACAGAGAGAAUUGUGACCUCUCACAUCCGAGACAGGGAGAGUCGGGCCAAGGACCAGGUCCUGCUGCUGAUUGAUGUCCAGCUCUCUUACAUCAACACUAACCACGAGGACUUCAUCGGCUUUGCUAAUGCACAGCAGAGGAGCAGCCAGACUAACAAGAGCCAGAGUUCGGCAGGAAAUCAGGUCAUUCGCAAAGGCUGGCUGACCAUUAACAACAUCAGUAUCAUCAAAGGUGGGGCCAAGGAGUACUGGUUUGUGCUGACCGCCGAGAGCCUUUCUUGGUUCAAGGAUGAUGAGGAGAAAGAGAAGAAAUACAUGCUCCCGCUGGACAACCUGAAAGUCCGCGAUGUUGAGAAGAGUUUCAUGUCCAGCAAGCACAUAUUCUCUAUUUUCAACACUGAGUCGAGGAAUGUGUACAAGGACAAUCGCACCUUGGAGUUGGCCUGCGACUCUCAGGAUGAUGUGGACAGCUGGAAGUCCUCCCUCCUACGUGCCGGUGUCUACCCUGAGAAGACCAUUACAUUUGAAAGUGAGAGCUCCACCACCUCAGAGAACUUCUCUAUGGACCCACAAUUGGAGCGGAAAGUGGAGACCAUCCGUAACCUGGUGGAUUCCUACAUGGCCAUUGUCAACAAGUGCAUCCGAGACCUCAUGCCCAAGACCAUCAUGCACCUUAUGAUCAACAAUGUGAAGGACUUUAUCAAUGCAGAACUGCUGGCCCAGCUGUACUCUGCGGGUGACCAAAGUGCUCUGAUGGAUGAGUCCCAGGAACAGGCCCAGAGGAGGGACGAGGUGCUGAGGACUCACCAUGCCCUGAAGGAGGCCCUAGCCAUCAUAGGAGAUAUCUCUACCUCCACCAUCUCUACCCCCUUGCCUCCGCCUGUUGACAACUCCUGGGUGGGCGGUUCAAGUGGUGGCCGCAGGUCUCCCCCACCCAGUCCCACUGCUCCCAGGAGGAUGUCUUCAGGUCAGCGCCCAGCUGCCCGAGGGGCCCCUCCACCCCCUAACCGUCCAGGACCCCUGGGGCCCUUCAAUAAUAGUGCUGACAGCCCCCAGGCUCCUAGCCGCCCCAACAGGGCUCCUCCUAGCAUCCCAAGUCGGCGGCCCCCGCCCUCCCCAACAAGACAAGCCCCGCCGUAA